GGCCAACAUGUUUGAGGGUGGGUCUGGGUGCCGGGCUGUACUUCGCCCUUCUUGACCAUAUGCUUGCAGGCCUUCGUGUUAUUUACACGCCCGUAGAGCCGAUGCUUUCCGGCGGCCCGGCAGACCAGGGCAUAGUCUUCAAUCAACAGCAGCCGAAGGAGGCCGUCAUCGAUGGGAAGGUCCCGCCUGGGCUAUACGCUGCUGCGGGAGUGAUUACGAGAUCAGUCGCCGCCACCUUGCUUUGCCCGAUGACGGUGAUUAAGACGCGCAUGGAGUAUGCAGCUGUUACGGGCCAAGUGUACCGGAACACCUUUCAUGCGCUUACCACAAUUGGAAAGGUGGAAGGUCUGCGAGGGCUUUACAGUGGCUUGCUGCCAACACUUGUGAGGGAUGCACCCUAUUCUGGACUUUAUCUUCUCACUUACAAUCAAAUAAAAGAAUCAUCGCGAGCCUUCCUGCCAGGAAAAGAUAUACCACAAGCCUACAUCAAUUUUCUUGCAGAUCCCACACGGGCCCCGCAGGGCCUGUUGGUAGGGUUAGAGGUCCUAGGGGUUAGUGGUUUACUGCAACAGUUUGAUUGGCCUGGUAUGAAAGGGUCUGCAUACAAGUUUGUGGCUGAGUGUGAAGUUUGUCAACGGAUCAAGCCAUCUAGGCAAAAGCCCUAUGGACUACUUCACCCCCUACCUAGUCCUGAUGGUCCCGGAGAGUCAGUUUCACUUCACUUCACGGAUAUGGGUAAGACAAGCAGGAAUGGGUACUCACAAGUGAUGGUGAUCGUUGACCGAUUUUCGAAAUUCUUGAAUCUGAUUCCAUUGCCACCUCAUGCCCCAACUGGGCUUGUAAUCGAAGAGUUUAAUAAGCACUACAUUCUGCAAUAUGGACCCCCAAAGACUCUUGUGAGUGAUCGGGAUACCUGGUUCAUUAGCGCAGAUUGGAAGGACUUUACCUCCCAGAUCUACGAUAUGAAGCUCGAGAUGACAUCUGGCCGUCAUCCGGAGGCCAAUGGCCUGGCUGAAAAAAUCAACCAGACCGUUACUCAACUUCUCCGUGCUCUUAUCAUUCCCGAUCAAAACACGAGGGAUGUAGAAUUGCCCAUUGUGAGGUGGUUGUACAACAACUCCAUCCACUCUUCCACCGGCACGACACCAAACAGGUUACAUUACGGGUGGAAGAUAUGCAAUCCACUAUCCUUCCUGUUUCCUGAUCAGGCACCUGGUCCGACACCUGGCCAGCCUGGCUAUAGUGCCAUUUACGAUCGCUUGCUCAAAACUGUUGUGGCAGUCAUGAACAAGCACCGGGAGGCCAUGAUUAAACAUGCUAAUAAGAAGUGCCAGCAUGCACCAUUCGAAGUGGGUAGUUAUGUCUGGGUCAAGAUGUCUGAGUUUUCCGAAGAAGAGGGAGUGUCGCAUAAACUCCUCCCUCUCUAUUAUGGCCCAUGGCGGGCGUUGAAGGUAGUAGGAAAUGAUGGAUUUGGCCCUUCCUACGUGGUUGACGUGCCACCUCAUCUGUGCACGUAUCCGGUCUUUCACGCAUCCAAACUGUUUCCUUAUCGUGCUUCUGGUUCCUUUCCUUAUCGUGACCCUAUGAUCCCUCGUCCUAUCGAUGGCGGUCAUGAUAUUGACAGGAUUGUGAGUCAUACCGUUAAGGGGCGUACCAGACAGUAUCAAGUCCACUUUCUAUAUCACCCACUAGAUGAUUUGUACUGGAUUUCCGAGAAGGAAUUGCUGCAAAGCACACCCCGAGUCGUCAAGGCCUAUGAACGACAGAUUGAUACACAGCCAAAGAUCACGGCAGCUCUCACACCUACAGCGUACUCCCAAUCCCUAUUUGCCAUAUUCGCCUAUGAUGCGUUUUGCAUGGACUCUGAGUGAGUUACUCGCUCGAAUGGACCUCG